ACAUGACAGCAACCAGAAACUGAAAACACAAUCAUUUUUAAAUCAAUUGCAGCAGCCAAUCAAACCUUAAGAAAUACUUAAGGGAAAAACACCAAAAAGUAGUCCUAAGUAGCUUACCAAUUAUUUACAGCAACAAGAACCAACUAAUUUAAUAGACUGGCCUGUUUAUUUUGCCUCUACACUGCCCUCAUGUGGUUACAACGUUAUAGUUUACUACACUUUGUGACAAGAGUAUGAGUGAAGUGAGUGUGUGUGGGGAGGAGGGAAAGAGAUGACAGAGAUUCAAAACCUCAAGCUGGUUUAUGUUUGUGUUUCAGCUCCCAUAUGAAAUACGGCGAAGAGGUUCUUUCUGGAGUCCGCUAAUGCUCGCCCACAUCUUCCCUCUGCCCGCAAAGAGACUCAUUACGUCAGACUUUACAAUGAACUACAACAGUACUAGCGCUUUAUGGCCGGACAUUAAAUUAGAAGGUGUAUAUUAUCAGCUUAGAAACUGCAGAAUCCAUCAAUAUGCCUUGGGACACAAGCGCUUCCUGCGAAUUUCCAAACGCCUCAUUUUAUUCCGUCAGUGGGAGCCGGAGUCUCUCGAUGGAAGAAACCAUUUGGACUCAUGAAGGUGGUGUUCGUUUUUCAGCUCGCUCGCUUUUUAAAAUACCAACACGUCUUUUCUUUAAUUCAUACGAACUAGUGGAAUUUAAAUACGUUGUAAGAAAUACGGAAUUAAAAUAAGCGUAUAGAACGACGGUUUAUAAAAUAUGUAAAGCACAUUGUGAAUUCCUACCCUCCUGAAAAAGUUGGUACGUCUUACACCCCGCCGUUAGCCGUUGUUGUACCCUAUGCUACUGAACAGAUUUACCGCGAUACAAACUAGCUUCCCACUGGCCUUAACCGCCAGAAAAGAUGCUUCUUCGCAGGAUUAAAACGAUAAAACAAACACCGGGACGUCUGUUAAAACUUUACCCAACUGUGCCCAAACUUUGAUAAGACCACCAACCAAAUAUAGUUUCGAGUGUGUUAGCUUUGUUUUAUUAUCUCCUCACUAUUCUUGUUUUUUUUUUUUUUUUUCCCCACUGCUCGAGGUUUUCUGCUUCUUUCUUUUCUUUUCUUAUUUUUCCCUUUUCAUUGGAGGAGUCCAGUCUGAUGAAUUCGCCGAAAAGGGACGGAGACGAUGAUGUGCCCGUUAAAGACCCGGUGAAAUACGGAGAGCUGGUCAUUUUGGGGUACAAUGGCUCUCUGCCGAGCGGAGACCGCGGGCGCAGAAAGAGCCGCUUCGCUCUUUACCGAAGGGCCAAGGCCAACGGCGUCAAACCCAGUGCUGUGCACAUCCUCAACACGCCGCAGGACAGCAAGGCGGUCCACAGCAGAGGGCAGCACAGCAUCUCUUUCACACUGUCCCGUAACCAGACUGUGGUGGUGGAGUAUUGCCAUGACAACAGCACAGACAUGUUCCAGAUCGGACGGUCCACAGAAAGUCCCAUUGACUUUGUGGUGACCGACACCUCCGGAGGGGGGACAGAAGGAGAUGACCCCUCCAUCGCUCCCAGCACCAUCUCCCGCUUUGCCUGCAGAGUGGUGUGCGAGCGCAACCCGCCCUACACCGCACGCAUUUACGCCGCAGGCUUUGACUCGUCUAAAAAUAUCUUUUUAGGGGAGAAAGCAACCAAGUGGAAAAAUCCUGACGGCCACAUGGACGGCCUCACCACCAACGGGGUGCUGGUGAUGCAUCCGGAAGGUUUCCCGCAGGACCCCAAGCAGGGUCUGUGGAGGGAGAUUUCUGUGUGCGGAGAUGUCUAUGCCCUCAGAGAAACUCGCUCUGGGCCCAGUCGGGGCAAACUGGCAGAAGGGGAGAGCAGCGCACUGCGGGACGGCUCCCUGGUGGAUCUUUGCGGCGCCACUCUGCUGUGGCGCACCGGGGAGGGACUGAUGCGCGCUCCCACCCUGCGUCACCUGGAGGCCCUUCGUCAAGAACUAAACGCGUCCCGACCCCAGUGUCCUGUAGGCCUCAGCACGCUGGCCUUCCCAAGCUUACCACGCAGCCACAGCCUUGAAGAGCGUCAGCCCUGGGUCUACCUCACGUGCGGCCACGUCCACGGACGCCACGACUGGGGCCAGAGAUCUGAGAGGGUGGAGGACCCCGGGGAGGGUGAGGGCUCCACCAAGCGCCGAGAAUGCCCCCUGUGCAGAAGCGUGGGCCCCUACGUGCCGCUGUGGCUGGGCUCUGAGCCUGCCGUGUACGUGGACGCCGGAGCGCCCACUCACGCCUUCGUACCGUGCGGCCACGUCUGCUCGGAGAGGACAGCCAAAUACUGGGCCGAGACCCCUCUGCCCCACGGGACACACGCAUUCAGGCCAGUCUGCCCCUUCUGCUCCGCCGCCCUCGGUACCCCCGGCUGGAUACGGCUCAUCUUCCAGGGCCCCAUCGACUAGCUGGACCUUCAGUAACCACCAUCCCAACCACAGGAAGCUACUUGAGCCUCAUUCUCGUGGCAAACGUCAAUGAGUGAUGAAUCAAUUCAGUGUUGAGCAUGGCUGUCAGGGCAGCAUAUGCGUUCUGAGUGGUCGACCGCGCUCUCGCAACGUUGUGUUACAGAAUGUCAAUCCGUCCCCUUGUUUAUCCUUCUGAGCUUCAAGAUCAGGAGGACAUGACAGACUAAUCAGUGCUAACAAGUAGAUAGUGAGUCUUCCAAUCUAACAAAAACAGAGUGGGCUAAUUUUCGUUACGUAGAACGUAAAGAGAAUCUGCGGUGAUGCUGCUUGAGCUUUUAAAAAUCCCUCACUAUAAGAUGACUCAGCCCCGUUGUACUGUAACUACACACUAUCAGGUUCAAACAUCCUUUUUAAUUCUCUUCAGAGUGUGAAAUGUUAAGUAGCUUUUUUGCACAUACAAAACAAAUGGCCUU